AACAUAACCCUACUUUUGCAUCUGCACUGCCGCCACCUCCCUCCCUUACCCCUCAUCUUGCAUUCUCUCUGAACCAAAACCUGCAGCAUUCAUCUAAAAAGUAGAUCUCAAAUAAAAAAACACGUAGCAUAUUUGAUUUUCAAUCCUCGUUCUUUCCUUCUCACAUCUUCUCCCUUCCAUCGUGAGAUUUUCUCUUCUGUACGAUAAUCUUUCUCACUUUCUUAUUUUUUUUAUCAAUUGAAAUCAAGUUGUGUAUUGACCCGCUCCGGUUCGCUAAACCGGCCGAGUCACGCCGGUUCUGACCGAUUUAACUGCACAACCGAUCCAAAUAUCAGACCGAAUCGGACACACCACCGGUUCACGAUUCGACCGGUCCAACCGGCCGGUCCGAGCCGGUUUUUAAAACUAUGGUCUCAUGCAUGAUUUCGUGAACCCGCUAUCGAUUUCAAAAUUCACUCUCAUGUUUCUGUUAUAACCUCUUCAAAUUUCAAUUCGAAAGGUGGUAUAGUGGGAUUCAUUGAUUUCCAUUUUUAUAUAAGUAUUUUGUCCAAAACAAAAAGAUAUAUCCCGCGUCCACUCUGUAUCACAACAUUCAAAUCAUAUCAUUAUCACACCAACCCUAAGGUACAAAUCCUCUUCUUCGAUGAAUCCUUGUGUACUCAUGUGAUUCAAUCAUCUCGGAUUCAAUUCCACCUCCUGCGAAUCCUAGUUGUUACUUAAUUAUGCGAUUUUUAUUUUUUGUUUGAUGCAAAGGUGGAAGAGCAUUAUCGAUUUCAAUGGACAUUUUGACCAAGGUUGAAUCAUUGCAAAAAUUCGCCCGCGUCUCUAAGCAGUUCUCUCUCCCCCUCUGCUUUGAUUCCAUCAGUCACCAAAAGACUCCAAAUCUAGGUUUUGCAGAAGAUUCGAAAGUUUUUGUUUACGAGACAAUGGUGAGACGAAGCCUACGUAGCAGGAAACAUAAGCACAACGAAAACGAAGACAUUAUCAGUAACUUGACUGAUUGUAUUCUCAUUCACGUACUGUCCUUUUUGAACGCAAAAGAGGCCGCUCAAACUUGCAUUUUGUCCAAAAGAUGGAUCACUCUCUGGAAGGGUCUUCCUACUAUUACAUUAAGUUCUUCGAACUUUAGGACCGAGAAAAGUUUAGCCGAAUUCCUGUCUCACUUUUUAUCUCUUCGCGAUGGCUCAACCACUAUACACACUCUCGAUGUUCACUGCCUAUAUUACUUGGAGCCUAGCCUGUUCCAAAUGAUUAUAAAAUACGCUAUUUCCCACAAUGUCCAACACUUACUAAUGAAUUUCCCUUGUCGUAUUGACCUCUUUCCCUCUUGCUUCUUUUCGUGUCACACAUUAACGUCUCUUAAUCUUUCUGGUUACGAUAUAUUGUUUGGUCAGAUACCAAUAUUUCCAAAAAAUUUAAAUCUGCCAGCAUUAACCAGCUUGUCUUUAAAGUACUUUUCCUUUCAUCGCAGUGAUGCUGGUUGUGUCGUCGAGCCCUUUUCGACAUUUAACAUGUUGAAUCGUUUGAUCAUUGACAGUUGUAUAGUUCAGGAUGCACAAAACCUUUGCAUAUCAAGUACCAAGCUUGUCAAUUUAACUAUAAUUAUGCAUGAUUGUGAGCCUAAGACCAUUAUCGGAACCUAUUUUGGACUCGAGCUGUAUGCUCCAAGUCUUCAAACCUUUGCUUUUUCUGGUCCUUAUACUCCAAAACUUUUUGCAAGCAAGAAUGUUCUCUCUUCUAUCAAACAUGUAAAUAUCCAUGUAACGUGUUACUGGAACUCGAAAGCAAGGGAAACCUCACCGGUUCUACUCAACUGGUUGGUUGUGCUUACCAACAUCGAAUCAUUGACUAUCUGUUUGUAUACUCUUGAGGUGCUUUCCUUAGUUCGUGAUUUAUUGAAGGUUGAGUUCCCUUCCUUGUUUAACUUGAAGUCGCUGAAAUUAAAAACGCCCAUGCCUUCAUCUAAACUUGACAAAAGAGUGGACUUUUUGAUUCAAAACUCACCCUCGACAAAGGUUGACAUCAUACAUUUAUAAAGGCGUCCUACUGUUUGAAGACCUACUGCAUCGGUGUACACAAGAUGUUGGGUUGCAGAAAACAUAUGGUGAAAGAUACAUUAUCAGAAAAUUGGAAUCCAGAGAGUCGUCAAAGUAUGGAUGCAUUAUAACAAGAACACUUUUGCUCAUUUCUACUUGCUAGACUUAUUCAUGGAGACUUAUUGGAACUUAAUUUUGGAUAGUUUGAUUUUUAAAUUCAUGUCUAGCACGUGUUUAAAUAACUAUUGCCUGUAAUGUAGGUUUCCAAACAUUUUCUAUAAUGAUAUUUUUUCUAGAAAAAA